AUGGUUGCUUCGUGUCUGUUGUUCCAGAAUUUCCUCAUUGGAGCUUUCAAGCCACCCUGCAACAUUUCAAUCGUUUUUGCUGAUAGAAGAACUCGAAAGCAGGUUGCAUUGAAGAAGGAAAAUGGCCAGACAGUCAUGGUUCCUCUCUACCAGAGUCAAGAUAUCAUUGCUGGAGAGGUUGUUGUAGAACCUGCGCAAGGGAAGAAGGUUGAACAUAAUGGAAUAAAAAUUGAGUUGCUUGGCCAGAUAGAACUAUAUCUUGAUCGUGGAAACUUCUACGACUUUACUUCCCUUGUGCGUGAACUUGAUGUCCCUGGCGAUUUGUAUGAAAAGAAAUCAUAUCCCUUUGAGUUUUCAACUGUGGAGAUGCCGCAUGAGUCUUACAGUGGAGUCAAUGUGAGGCUUAGGUAUAUAUUGAAGGUGUCUAUCAGUCGGAACUAUGUCAACAACAUUGUUGAAUACCAGGAUGUCGUGGUGAGGAAUUACACUUCACAACCACCAGUCAACAACAGCAUCAAGAUGGAAGUUGGAAUCGAGGAUUGCCUUCACAUAGAAUUUGAAUACAGCAAAAGCAAAUACCAUUUAAAGGAUGCAAUCAUUGGGAAAAUCUACUUCCUUCUAGUGAGAAUUAAGAUUAAGAAUAUGGAGCUUGAAAUACGGCGUCGUGAGUCCACAGGAUCAGGACCCAACACGUACGUCGAGACAGAGACACUUGCCAAAUAUGAGUUGAUGGAUGGUGCCCCUGUGAGAGGAGAAUCAAUUCCGAUCAGACUAUUCCGAAGUCCAUAUGAGUUGACACCAACAUACCGAAACAUCAGCAACAAGUUCAGUGUCAAGUAUUACUUGAAUCUCGUUCUAGUUGACGAAGAAGGUCGACGGUAUUUCAAGCAGCAAGAGAUCACUGUAUAUCGACUUCUAGAAACUCCUUGA